CAAACAUGUCGCUGCCUGAGCCCGUCAGGCGGCGUCUCCAGGAUUUGUCAGUAACUUUGCUAACCGAGCAGAACCGAACCGUACCUGCUCCGGGAGAAGACUUCACCGAGAUCAAAACUAGCAAUGAAGUUGUUUCCAGUCUACCUCUUCAAAUGUCUCUCUACUUCAAUGUCUUCUUUUUCCCAUGCUGGUGGUUGUCAGAAGUGGUCAUGCUGCAGUUGAAGUACCCCGUCCUGCAGGAUUACUACAAAUUCAUCCUAAUAACCAUUCUGAUUGUGAUGACAGUUAUCGAGAUCAUACGACUGUACCUUGGCUACACCGGCAACCUUCAAGAGAAAGUUCCAGAACUGGCAGGCUUCUGGCUGCUGACGCUGCUGUUGCAGCUUCCACUGGUUCUGUUCCUGCUCUUCAAUGAGGGAAUUCUUAUCCAGCCUUUGGAGAGAAGUGUGCAUAUUGUGUUGGCCCUCUUUUUAAUUUUCCAGAUCCUGUCUGCUUUCUUUGCUCUUCGGUUGAUGGUCAGGCAGCUGGAAGGCAGGUUUCACUUACAACAGUUUGAUGGCAUUCAAGAGCUCAGGCCAGACAGGCCAGAAGACCCCGCUGCAUACUGGGGGGCUGUGAGUAAGGCCUGAUCCAUACAACACAGGAAUGACAUUGUGGUUUGUCUUGUACAUCUCUUAGUGCCAAGAAAAUAUUUUAAGAUGUGUGAGUUCUGUGCAAAGUAUUUUUGAUUUGAUAUACUUUAUUAACCCUCAAUGGGAAAUUCUUUUGUACUUUUGUUAAGAUAAAUUAAAACUGUAAGAGGCAUGUUUUUUAAUAAAAGGAUUUCAUUGAAAGG